AAAGUGAAGUGUUGUAAUUUUCUUCUCCCAUUAAAUAUAUCAUUUAUAAGAAACAAAUUCCAAGGAAUCAAAAAGAGAAACUUGAAGAACAAGGACAUCACAGUAAAACAAAAACAUGUCAAAUACUUUAACACUAGUCGUCCGUUGCUGCUACAUCACAAACCAAGCAUUGUCUCUUCCUUUGUUCCCAUUUCCCUCUCUUCUAAAUAAACCACAACUUCCUUUUUGCAAAAUCAAUUCAUCAAACUUCAAAUAAUCACUUUUUUGUUUAAGUGAUUAUAAUUUAUAACCCAUCUUUCAAAUGAGUUCAAGUUUAAGCGGAGGAACCAAUGCAUUGAAUUUCAAUGUAGUCAAAUCCUCUUCAUCAACAUUAACUUCACUUACUUCUUCUUCUUUAACUAUCUCCGAACCUAGCAAUAACAUAUCCCAAAGCGCAAUCCGAACCAAAAGAACCCGAACCAAUCGAAAGAGACCGAACCAAAAAUACAACGAAGCUGCUGAGUUACUCUCCGAAGCGUAUCCGAACCUAUUCCGUAACCUAAAGAAAAUACAUCCACCACCGUGCAAAUUUUCCAAACCGCUUAUAACGGAAUGCUACAACAACGAUUUUUUUGAACCGUUGUUAUUGCCGUUCAGUGAUUUCGAUUAUGCAAACUCUUUUUCGACUCAAAAUAAAAGCGCUUCUCAAACGGAGGUUUUCAGCUUUCAAGAGAAGGAGGUCUCGGAAGAGAGAGUGGUGAAUUCCGGUGAAGUACUGGAACGCGAUUCUGGAGAGGCUUUAGAUUGUAUAUCGAUGUUGGAUGAUGAAACUGAGGAAGGGAUUGAUAGUAUUAUCGGGAGUAGGGUUGAGGAUUACGCCGGAAACAGCGGUGGAGAUGGAGAAGCAGGUUUAUGCUACGGCGGCGAGAGAGUGAAUCCUUGGUUCAGAGGUUUUGGCAGAAAAUUAGGUAUAGCAAAUGCUCUUCGCGGCGUCGGAGGUGUUAAUUUGUUGAGUUUUGCUAUGGUUGAUGUUCUAGAAAUCUCGAAGGUGCCGGUGGCGGUGAGUAAUGUUCCGGUGACUGGGAAAAAGAAGCAGAGGAAGAAAGAAAACUUGGAACGGAGAAAUUUGAGUUUGGAUCUGCCUCUGCGGCUGAAACUGGAUUACGAAGAUGUUCGGAGUUUGUGGUCGGCGCGUGGUUCACCGUUUCGCCGGUAAGGUGGUCGUUGUUACGACGGCGGUGUAUGUUGUCACUGUACCACUGUUACUAGUACUUAGCACUUUAUUUCUUUGAUAAAUUACUUCAUUUAUAUUAAUUACUAGUGGUAUUGUUUGUUUUGGUAUUAGUAAGAUUAAUAUAUUAUAGUUAGGAAUUGUUAAAAAUAUGCGGUAUUAGAUGCAGAAAGGAAUGUACUUCUCCAACUCCAAGGUGAUCAGACUCAAUUUAUUUCUAAUUUAUGAACCAAAACGUGGUAGUUCUAAUUUAGGGUUAAUACCUAUUUUCACCCCAGCCAUAUGGGGUUGGUUUGAAUAACCCCUCUGCCAAAAAAAAAGUUGCAAGAAUUCCCCCAACAUUUGAAGAUUCUCUCAUUUUAAACCUUGUAAAAUAUUUGUUUUUAAAACCAACCUUGUCAUUUGAAGAUUCGGUCAUUUUGAAUCUUAUAAUCUUGUAGAUUAUGUUAUUUUAAACCCUAUGGAAUAUAACGGGCGAGGUUGGUUUUACUAAAAAAAAUAAUUUACAGGGUUCAAAAUGAUAGAGUCCUUCAAGUGGCAAGGUUGGUUUCAAAACUAAAUUUUUUACAAGGUUUAAAACGAGAGAUCUUCAAAUGUUAGGGGAAUUCUUGCAACUUUUUUUUGGUAGGGGGAUUUUUCGAACCAACUCCAUAUGACAGGGGUGAAAAUAGAUAUU